UUGUCAUCUGUCAAAAGUCAAUGAAUCCAAAGGAAGUGAGGAUAGAAUUGAUUAUUUGAUUGAAUUUGCAACAAUUUCUAAGAUUAAGAAUUAGUAAAUAUAAUAUUGUAUUACAUUAGUUUCAUUGUCAACUCUCAAUUAUUUCUAUUCAAUACAUAUUUGCGAACAUAAUGUCUCAAAUUAAAUCUAACAAAAAGUUCAAAUGGGCUUUGGACUUCAACCAAAAAAAUCGAACACAAGCUACUGAGUUACCAUCGCCACCAGGUUAUAGUCAGUCUGCCAAUGCGAGCUACACAGAGGCAUCCAGAGACACCGAUUCUAAUCUACUAUUGAUUAAAAAAUUGUGGGAUGUUGCCCUUGGACCCCUGAAGCAAGUGCCAAUGAAUUUGUUCAUUAUGUACAUGGCUGGAAACUCUAUAUCCAUUUUUCCUAUUAUGAUGGUGGGCAUGCUUAUUGUUCGGCCAGUGAAGGCUUUAUUUGCUACCCAGAGCACAUUCAAGAUGGUUGAAGGAACUCAAGCUACUGGACAGAAGUUUGUGUACUUUAUUGGAAACAUUGUAAACAUAUUACUGGCUCUUUAUAAAUGUCAAAGUAUGGGACUAUUGCCAACACAUUCAAGUGAUUGGUUAGCUUUUGAGGAACCCCAAACCAGAGUUGAACAUAUUGGAGGAGGCUUAUCCCUUAUAUGAGCAGAGAAAAUCAAAUAAAACAAUUGUAUAUUUAUUGCUAACUUUAUUCAGUUUAUCAUUUUAUAGGACUACUUAAAAUAUUUACAGUAAACUUAUUGAAUGA